AACUACAAAAUAGGGAGCCUAAAAGGGUGAAAUAGUGAGCAGUGUGUUAUUUUGAUCAUGGAAAUGGGAUGUGCAUAAUUGAAGUCUCUUUUAAAACAAAAAAAAAAUACUCUAUCCGCUUCAAAAUGUUACAUAUUUUAGAUUUUUCGUAUAUUUUAAUAAAACACAUUAAACUUGCAUAAUUUUAUGUGAUUUUGUUUUUUCUAUAACUUUAAGCUAAUAAAAAUCCAAGAGUACAAUUAAGCUUUUUGAAGUUUACAAUUAAUUAAUAAAACAUGCAUUAAAAAUAUAAAAAAUAAAUCUUUUUUAAAUGAUUUUUUUUUAAUACGUAACUUUAUGAAAAUGAGGGAGUAAGUAUGAAUAAUGUCUCCGUCGAAAGAUUUCUAACACAAAAAAAUCAAAGAAUUGAAAAUCAAUGCCGCUUUAUCAUAAGCUGGGAAUGAAAACAGGAGUGACUCUAUUUUAUUAUUUUAACUCUGUUUGUUGUUUUCUUAAAUGGUUUUAUCAGUAGAUUAAUAUCAAAACAAAUUAGCCUAAUCACAUGGUUUAACGGCGAGACACUUUUUGCUCGCACGAGUGCGCUUUCGAUUCUCGAGCAAAUGAUUCGUUCACUAUUUUUAAGCUAUGCCUAUUCGUUAAGUUAAAACAUUUUCACUUGGCUAUGAGUUGAGUAUAUUAUACUAUUACAAAUGCAUCAUAUAUUCAUAUCUAUAAAUCUUCUUUCGCAUGAUCAUAACUCGUCUGGUAUCAAUGAUACGAUAUAAAUUUUUAUAAAUGUAUAUUUAUAUUUUUGAAACGAAAACAAAAAGAAAAAUCUGCAAUGUAGUACAUUAAUAUUCUCCCAUGCUUCGAACAAAGAUUGUAAAUAUCGAUGUUGCUUAUAGAAUUAUGUACUUGUAUUUAUUGAUCUAGUUCUACCGUUGGAUGAUUUAAAUGUACUCCCUCCCUCUGCACUACUACAUUUACAGCUGAAAAUAAUGGGCUGUCAACAACAAAAUAAUCACUUAGAUGGAUGUUUGCAUAAAGAAAACUUCACACUUGAUAUUUCACAAUUUUCACUGAUGAUCAAACAUCACGGAAAACAUGUUACCCUACUAUUGUUUUAUGUACCAGGGUAGAAAUCAAGAAGCAUGGAUAAUUGGGAUAUAUUUUAGGUACACGAUAAAUAGAUAGGAUAAAAUAAAAUUACAAAAGAAGAGAGAAUAUUAAUAAAGUAGACCGAAUCAUUGCUAGAAAACAAGCGUGGUCGCUUUUUUAUAAUAAGAGGGAACUUCGCUUUUAUGUUCUAUGUGUUUCAAAGAAAAAUGUUUUCUCACAUGCCCCAUUCCCCUCUAUGAAAUUUGUGCUCUCUUUUUUAUUAUUGUUCUCAGUUGAUGUAACUCUUAAUUUGUUCCGUAGACUAAUAUGCAUAUAUGUCAGCACUUUAUUUAUUUUGAUCUAUAACACAUAUUUUAUCCAUUUGAGUUUUGAUUGAUGAUAAUAUAGUCACCAAAUAAUGAAAAGGAAAAUUUUCUAUUAAAAAGAAAUGAAAUUUGCAUGUUGAAAAGGUGUAAAAAAAUUAUAUAUAUAAUUAAAUAAAUUUAAAGAAUGAGUAUAUAUUAUUAUAAUAUAUUAUUACUUUUCAAAAAACAUAAUUUUAAUUAAUAUUUUUCCAAAUGAGCAUUUUACAAUAAUACAACUCAAACUUGAGAAAAAAUCGGUACAAUCAUGUUUGUGGCUAACAGUCCCGGGGCAGACAUCAACCUCUUCACUUCAGCGGGUUAAUCCGGUCUCAAAAACAGACAUAUUUUGUCUGCUAAUGCGUAUAAUAUCUAUCUUCCUUGCAAAUCCAUUGACCCCAAAAUAAAAUAUUUAUUUGAAAACAGUUUAAAUGUAAUUUACCAAAAAAAACAAGUUAAAUGAAAGUCUACUGUCUUUUUCCAAGUGAUCGUUGUUUCUUUGUUUAGAUUCUCCUUAUGAGUCAGAUUAAUAAGCUGUGUGCUCUUAGUUUGUUAUUUUAUUAAUUAAGAGGUGUAAACCUUUUCAUGACCUCAUUGAGGUGUUUUUCUGAUGCUAAUACUAUGUUAGAAACUAUAACAUAAUUAUUGAUAAUAUACACUCCUGACGUCAAAAACAAAAAUACACUCCUGAUGAUAAUAAUGAUCAUUACUCAUUAUAUAUAUAUAGCAAGCUAGAUGAAUUUAAAAUUCAUUGUUUUGCAUCAUUUCAUAUACAUUAGACAUAUUCAUUAUUUACGACCUUAUAGCAUCAUAUUUCAUAAUGAGUUCGUCUUUUCAAUGACUAAUAGAAUAAAACAAAAACACCAUUGCUAGAAAUAAUGACAAAAGAACAUGCAAUGAGUCUUUUACCUCUUAUUUUAUUGAGAUUUUUCCAAAAAAAAAAUUUCCAGACACAAAACUGUUUUUGUCGACAUUAUUAGUCGAACAUAUUAAUUAUUUACGAAAAUAUCAUUAUAAACUUUUUAAUAUAUAAUACCUCAAACAUCAUUACCAUUUUUUUUUAUUUAGUUGCAAACCAUCAUCAUCAAUAUCAUCAACCAUCAUAAAUAACCAAUAUCAAAAACCAGGUUUUCAAUGUCUUUUAAUUCUAUUUAAUAUAUCAUUCUCAUUUCUUACACAUAAACUCUUUAUCUUGUAUUUUCUUUCUCAUUUUGCUUAAAAACUCUCAAAUAUUUGAUUUAAAAUUACAUUUUCAUUUAACUUCCUAAAAUUUAAUGAUUUUUAGUUAUUAACAACUAAAUAUAUUUCAUUCAUUUUAAAUUUAAAAUUAUAGAUGCUGAAAAAGAUAAAAAUGAAUCUCACCAAAUCUAGUAACUAUUUCUUAAUUUUGAAUUCUUCAAAUCCAUUUUUUGAAUAAAAUUUCUGGUGGAAAAAUAUUAUGAUUAAACUUAUUCUAUUCAAAUAUACAAAAAUAACAUAGAAACAUUCUUCUCCAUUUUAUUUUAUAUAAAAAAAUACCAAAAUACUACAUUCAUAAUACCAUUUUUCGUGGUUACUUUAACCAUUUUUAUACUCAUUUUAAAAAAGUAAAAAAAGACAUUUAUAACCAUAUGGUAAACUAAUAUAGACUUAGAGUUUAGAGUAGAAUGGUGAGUUAAGUUUUUAGAAUGUAAAAAUUUAGAUUCUAAUAAAUAUAUAAAUAAAUACUUAAAACAUUUUAAUUAAAUAAAAAAUAGUUUUAAAAAUAAUUUUCGGAUUUCAAAAAAAAAAAUUGAAAAACAAAUUCAAAAAAUAUUAUUAAAAAUUUGAAUUUGAAAAGGUAUAAUUCAAAAACAUAAAAAUUAUAAUUUAUUUAUUAUAUAUAUGUAGGGUAAUGGCAUAAGAGUCUAAUGCCACUUAAUGAAAUUAGUUUUUUUCAAAAUGUCAUUUUAGUGGUGGUAAACAUGAAUAAUGGUACCAACAAUGUAAUAAACAUAAAAAUUACCUUUUUUAUAUAUGACUCUAAAUAUUAUUAUUAAAUAUUUUUUUUUCCAAUUCAGUCCUAGUUUGUAUUAAAAAAAAUAUUAUUUUUAUAUUUAUAAAAAUAAAAAAUUUAUAUUUAAAAAUACUAGUGUUAUACUAUUCGGAAUACAUUAACAUUUUUUAUAUAUUUUUUUAAAAAAUAACAUUUUAUUUAUAGAAAUACGUAAACACUCUUUUCUUUAUAAGCUGAGAGUUAGUUUUAGUUCUGUGUGUGUGUGUAAAGAGUUUAUUUAUCUUAAUUCUUAACAGUAACUAUGAACAAAACUUUAUGAGUUUGUUCUCUUUUGUCUGAAACUGAUUAGACAUGGUCAAACCAAAAGCUCCUUUUUAAUCAAAUUUUGUGAGCCCGUAGAUGUUAAUAUUGCCUCCUGCGCCACGCCUUUUAGCACUAACCAUAAAGACAGAAAAGCUUAUGAUGUUCCAUCAUAAUUUAUAUUCCCAUUGUUUGUCAUCAACCACAAUCAUUUUCAAUUUUCCCUGUGACCUCUUUUUACCAGACAAUUUUCAGAGAAGAUUAAACUACAAGCAUUUGAAAGAGAAUAGUUUUAUGUUUCCCACAAACAUCUACUAUUAUUAUUAUUUUUACAAAACCUGUAAUUUGAAAACUAGUUUACAGCUUGUGAAAAUAACCGAAACCCAGUAAACAACUACUCAUGGCAUUUUACUCAAACUAAUUUGAAAGUACCGGUUAAAGUCAAGUUUAUUUUGCUCCACUUAAUCAUGAAUCCUCAUAUCCGGUUGAUCUUUUCAAAUAAAAAUGAAUCAAACGCAAGUUUUGUAGUUGUGUAUCUAUACUAUUAAGGGUUUUUCUUCUCUUUGAACCAGUGGCGGAUCUAGACACGAUUUAGCCGGGGGCACACUGUUACAAAUAACAAAAACAACUUUGAAUUGGAUGCACUUUUUAUACUUAUUUAGUAAACUACAAAUAAUUUCAUCAAAUUAAUGUAACGUAUUCAAAAAAAAAUAAAAAAUAGUAGGGAGCACGUGACCCCAUACCCGUAUACCUACGUCCGUCCCUGGUUUGAACCCCUGAGUUAACCACUAAAAUAAUAACAAAAUAAAAAUUGUCAAGUCGUGUUCUGUUUAUGAAAAAUAUAAAAAUAACUAGAAAAAUAAUAUUAAUUACCAAUUUAAAAAAAAAACUUUGACAUUGUUCUAAACCCCAAAUUCAAUGCUAUAAACCUUAAAUUCCAAGCUCUGAACCCUAAACGCUAGGAAUCAAAGGGUUCUUAGAAUUUAGAGUUUUGUAGAUGGCUAGGAUUUAGUUUUAGCACAGCGUUAACAAUGUUAAUGUUUUUUUUCAUUGUUUCGGCAAUUAAUAUUAUUUUGUGAUUAUUUUUUAUUUUUUUCAUAAGUAUAAUAUGAUUUAUUUUUGUUUGUUAUCAUUUUAUUGAUGAACCCAUAGAUCUAAGGGGUGAAUAGAAGAAAAACUUUUUUAUAAUGAUUGCUAGAAUUUCUUGAAUCUAAUAUUAUUUUAGUUUAUAGAUUCUUAUAUUCUCGUUAAAAUCUAUUGUUAUUGGUUUGAUGAUUUAAUAAUUCUAUACACAAAUCUUUUGUUUUUCAAAAAGUUUAUAGAGUUUAAUGAAUUUUUAAGUCUAUUAAAAUUGGUGUUAUUAGGAGUUGUAUUUUUCACCAUUUAACUCAUAACACAAGAUUUUAAAAGUACUAUCUAUAUACUUUUUUUUGGGUUAAAUGUUACUUUAGACUCUUAGAAUCAGUUUAUCAAUUUAUUUUCAUACAAUAAGCAAAAUUUUCUCCAAUUCCAAUUUGUUUGUUUUAGUUUCUAAUUUGGUUGUUUUAGUUUCUAAUUUCUGUAUAAUAAAGUGUACGCAACAUUAUAAAAUCACGAAAAUAGUAACAUUUAACCCAAAAAAAAAGUUAUGGGAAAAAAAAAAGAAAGAAAACGGCAUGCCGACAGUCCCGUCACGCAAAUUAUGUUCGGUUUACUUGGCAUUAUGGUACACCGGUCAACAUUCCACGUGGAGCAAGGACUGAUACAACAACAUAACGUAAAACGGCGCCGUUGCAUUGUUUUAUUUGGGGUGCGAUUGAGACUCCCGCCCACGCUCCAGAACCAGAACCAGAACCAGAAGAGAAGAUUUUUGUCUGGUUGAUGUUGAAUCAAGACAACUGAUUGCUUCUGGAGAUAAUGGAAAACAAGAACCAAGAGGAUCUAGAUCUGCUUCUGUCCCUUGACGACGACGAGAGGGUUCUCGAAACUCCUCCCGGUUCUCCUUCCGCCCCACCCGUUUAUUUGACGGACGAAGAAGAAUCCCCCAAACGUCGUAGAGGUCAGGCGGACUUGUCUGACUUCAGAAGUGUCGUUCAAGAUUGCAUUGACUAUAACCCCAAACCUCUCCCUAAACUCACCAAUAAACCUAAAUGCGACAUUGAAAAGUUCUCUGGCUUGCGUUUAAGGAAUCAAUUACUUAGCCCUGCACAGAUUAGUGAUCUCUUCUCCGACAUUCGUUUCGUUCGAUUGCCGACAAUCAAGAACUUGCUAAUGGGUGACAAACUCUCUGGUUGUUGGGCCACAAUGGGAGUGCUAACUGAGAAAGGACAACCCAGAACAAGCUCUAUAGGCCAGAGUUAUUGCAUUUGGAAAAUCUGUUCCUUAAACGACAACAGCACUGUCUCCUUGUUCUUGUUUGGUGAUGCUUACAAGAAGAAUGAGACUGAAAAGGCAGCAUCUGUUUUCGGUCUCUUUAAUUCCUCUCUUCGCAAGGACAAAAUGGGAAGUGACUUCUCAUUAAGUGUCAACUCCGCUAAACAAAUGGUAAAACUAGGAGUGUCCGCUGAUUAUGGAGUCUGCACAGCCAAGCGGAAAGAUGGAACUACUUGUACCUCUGUUGUAAACAAACGCCAAGGAGCAUUCUGCAAGAUUCAUAAACUGAAUGCAUCAGACAAAUUUGCUACAAUGAGAAGUGAACUCAAAGGCGGAAACUUGAGAACGUCUUUCAGAGACCCAAAAUCCCAAGGGAUUUACACAGUUGAGCCACCAGUAGAUAGAAGUGGGAACAAAAAGGCUAAUCAGCCUGUCCGAGUACUAUCAGUGGAAGGUCUCCGAAAGGCUCUAAGUGGUGCAGAUAAAGUGACGCCUAACGUACACUCACAAGGAAUACGAUUCCUGAACGAGAUGGCUAAACAAUCGGCUUUGAAGAACGUUAACAAGAAAUCUGAAGCUGUGAAUAAGUCUGUAGAGAAGAGGAAAGCGUCUAAUGCAAAAGAAACGCAAGUAAAGAGAAAGAGAGAAGCGCAUGGCAGUGAUAAGAAGGAUACUACUCCUGAGAUUGCCACCGGGAAAAUGAUGGUCCUAGAUUUCUGCAGCUCCGACGAAGAAUGAGUCCUCAGCGGACUUUAGCCAAUAGGCACAUCAUUGGAUGUCGAGAUAAAGGAUUGUUGUUCCCAUUCAUACAAGAAAUGUUCCUUUUUGUUAUAUUGGAUUUGAGAUGGUAUGUCUUUCUACCAUUCUUUGUGUUCAUUUAUAAACUGUUGAGAAGAGUUGAUACAAACGCUCUAUCCAAACAAAUGUUAAUUA